GACUGGGCAGGAGCCGUGGCACCAGUUUGGCCUGUCGCGUGAGGAGUACGACCAGAUCAUGGCGUUGUUUAUCUUUUUCGACACUGACGACAACGGUUGGCUGGACCGUCGUGAGAUUGGCCGCUUAGCGAGAUGGCUCAACUUUGCCCGAAGCGACCGCGAUAUUGAUCGCAUGUUCAGAGAAAUGGACACGGAUCGUAGCGGUACUCUUUCCCUCAGUGAGUUCCUCACGUGGUUGUCUCAGAACCGGCCCGAUCCCAACGCCCUUUACGGGCUCUCACAGUCCGAUUACAACACCAUCAUGAUGCAGUUUCGCAUGUACGACAAGGGCAAGAAUGGGUUGCUGAGCAUGGACGAGUUUGCACGGCUUACUCUGAGUUUGGGGGAAGUGGCUAACAUGGACGCCGGGAGGUGCCUGUUCCGAAGUAUUGACACGGAUGGAAACGGUGUAAUUGGCCUUCACGAGUUUUUAACUCACCGUGCUCGCAUGCAAUGCAGGAAUGAGAAAGCGUAG